AUGGCAGGCCAAGGCCCUCUAACAGCCUAUCUGCUCGCGAGCACCCCCAAUGCGCUAACCCGCGCAACAACCCACCCCUUCCUCGCCUCCGCCGGCCGAGGCACCCUCCCAAAAUCCCAACUCAGCCAAUGGCUCUCCCAAGACCGACUCUACGCCCAAUCCUACAUCCGCUUCAUCGGCCUGCUGCUCUCCAAAAUCCGCCUUCCAACGCAGAGCCGAACAUCCACCACCCCGGGCCUCACAACCCCCGAACAAAACGCCAUAACAGUCCUCAUCGACGCCCUCGUCAACAUCCGCACCGAACUCGCCUUCUUCGAACAAACCGCCCACGCCUACUCCCUCGAUCUAACAGCCAUCUCCGCCGAAGAAGGCGGCUGCUCCCUGACCUCCUGCGGCUCCGGCUCAGACAUCACCACCUCCGCCGGCAUCUCCAGCUCCGGCUCGGGAAGCUGUCCCGGGUUCACGGGUGGCGACGGCAAAGCGCCGUUUGAGAAAGGCUGUGUCGCACCAGCGUCGGGGGACGUCACCGCCCCCGGCCACGGGCUUUGUCUUGCGCAGGGGGAGUGCCAGAUGCCGUCUGGCGGGGGAGUUUGUGCGCCGGGCCCGCAAUUCAAUGAGUCUGGGCGGGGCGUGGAGGCGGGGCCGGCGGGGGCAGUUAAUGGGGAUGGUCGGGCUGAGAUGGAGCGGUGUGGAACGAUCUUUUUCUGUGCGAAUCGGACGACUAGGGCUUAUAUUGAUAUGUUUAUGUCGGCGGGUAGUGCGGGGGUUUCGGUUUUGGAGGGAUUGGCGGUGCUGUGGGCUACGGAGGUUUGUUAUUUGAGGUCUUGGAGGUUUGCGGCGAGGUGUAUGGAGGAGGAUGGGGAGAGGGUUUAUAAGAAUGAUGCUGACGGGGGAGCUUUGAGGGAGAAGUUUAUUGGGAAUUGGUCGAGUGAUGAGUUUGAGGCGUUUGUUAAUCGCAUUGGGGAGGUUGUUGAUGAGAUGUCUGGGCAGAUUAAGGGUGCUGAGGAGUCGGAGAUUAUGCGUGGACGGUGUUUAGAGUGGUGGAGGCAGAUUGUUUGGUUGGAGGAGAACUUUUGGCCGACUGUGGCUGAAUGA